AUGGCUGUGCUGGUGAAGGAGACGGAUGGUUGCACACAGCAGUACCUUUAUAUACGAUCCUAUGGUACCGAAUAUGGUACUCUUACCCGUACCACCUGCAGUUGCACCGAACAUGAUCAGUGCCUUGGGCCUACCCGUUGGGUCUAUGAGGCUAUCACCGAUGUGCCAAUUCCAAGUUUCUAUGAUAUCCGUGUCGUUGUCGAACAGGGGUAG